ACUUUUUCUUGCAAACCAUCCGCCAUCACUUUGCAAGCAGCUGCGGAUUCAGAGAAACCCUAGAACUCUGUGUCAGCAACCAUGGGUAUCUCUCGGGAUUCCAUGCACAAGAGGCGUGCCACUGGAGGCAAGAAGAAGGCUUGGAGGAAGAAGAGAAAGUAUGAGCUUGGAAGACAACCUGCUAACACAAAGUUGUCGAGCAACAAGACAGUUCGGAGGAUAAGAGUUCGAGGUGGGAAUGUGAAAUGGCGUGCACUGAGAUUGGAUACUGGGAACUUCUCUUGGGGGAGUGAGGCUGUGACACGAAAGACUCGUCUUUUGGAUGUGGUUUAUAAUGCAUCAAAUAAUGAGUUGGUUCGUACCCAGACAUUGGUGAAGAGUGCAAUUAUUCAGGUUGAUGCAGCUCCAUUUAAGCAAUGGUAUCUUCAGCACUAUGGAGUUGACAUUGGUCGCAAGAGGAAAACUACUGCUGCUGCCAAAAAAGAAGGAGAGGAGGGUGAUGUGGCUGCUGAAGAGACGAAGAAGAGCAACCACAUCGUGAGAAAACUGGAGAAGCGUCAACAGGAACGCAAGCUUGACCCCCAUGUUGAAGAGCAAUUUGGCAGUGGGCGUCUGUUAGCUGCAAUCUCAUCCCGACCUGGCCAGUGUGGUCGUGCUGAUGGGUAUAUAUUGGAGGGCAAAGAGCUAGAGUUCUACACGAAGAAGAUCCAGAGAAAGAAAGGAAAGGGUGCUGGUGCCGGUGCUGCUUGAAGUUUUUCAUCUUAGAGUUCAUGAUCUCGUUUUUCCCAGAUUUUCCUCUGGUCUUUUUUAAGACGUGGAACUGAAUUUUGGUUGAGCUGACAUUUAGCUUAAAACAUUUUAUUCUUAUAUUGUUGAAUGUUAAGUUAUUAUCAACCUUACUUCUUAUUUUCGUGUGCUUUACAAAUUUUGGUGGAGCAGAGCUUUCAACUUCAGUUGUCUGCCCAGUGCCAGUAAAAAAAAAAUAAAUUAGACGUUAAAAAGUUAAUUUUA